UGUUAUCUAUAAAUAACACAGAUAAAGAAGCUAGUGGAAUUCUUUUUCAAAAAAUGUGCUCAGCUCACAUACAUGUGUUUGUUUAUAUAUGUCUAAUCCUCGCCCCUGCCUCCCGUCAGUGGCUCAGGGAUGCGGUGUUUGUUUCAGGCGAUUGAGUUGGAUUGUGUUUAAUUUGUCGCUCUUAGCUGCACGAAUGGCAGAGUCCCUUAUGGUAGGGCUUUGAAUAAAACCUCAUCUUCUCUUUUUUCAAACAAGAGGAAAAAAAGUAUUUGAUCUGCUUUCUGAAAGUCUUUCUGUAUGUCUCGCCCCUCCCCCCCCCAGACAACUAGCAAGGGGAGGAGCUCUCGCGGUUCUUACCACACUUCAUAUGUCUUAAGGCGAGCACUUUUUGGUUUCCUGUCGGCAGUAAUUCCACUCUGUGCCAUCUUGACUUGCUUGAAGGGUGGAUGAGUUGGUGACUGUGUUGCGGAGGGGAGUGAGUUCUCACAGUCUGGUUGGAGCGUCAGGCAUGAGCCUGGAUUCGGGAGCGUCUCUGAGCCCUGAACACAGCGUCUUUGCCCUGUGACUUUGACUUGGCUCCUUGUGCUUGGGCUGCUGCUCCUGAGAAGAGCUGUCAUGACUCUGCUGGAGCCCGAGAUGCUAAUGAUGGCCGUGCAGUCAGUGCUUCAGUUGAAGCUCCAACAGCGCCGGACCCGUGAGGAGCUGGUGAGCCAAGGGAUCAUGCCACCUCUGAAGAGUCCAGCUGCAUUUCAUGAGCAGAGAAGGAGCCUGGAGCGGGCCAGGACCGAGGACUAUCUCAAGCGGAAGAUUCGCUCCCGGCCGGAGAGAUCAGAGCUCGUCAGGAUGCACAUUCUGGAAGAGACCUCGGCCGAGCCUUCCCUCCAGGCCAAGCAGCUGAAGCUGAAGCGAGCCAGGCUGGCCGACGACCUUAACGAGAAGAUCGCGCAGCGGCCAGGCCCCAUGGAGCUGGUGGAGAAGAACAUCCUGCCCGUGGAGUCCAGCCUGAAGGAGGCCAUCAUCGUGGGCCAGGUGAACUACCCGAAGGUGGCAGACAGCUCCUCCUUCGACGAGGACAGCAGCGAUGCCUUAUCCCCGGAGCAGCCUGGCAGCCACGAGUCCCAGAGCUCUGUGCCAUCACCCCUGGAGGCCCGAACCAGUGAACCACUGCCCAGUGCCACCUCCAUGUCUCCCACUCAGGUCCUGUCUCAGCUCCCCGUGGGCCAGGACUCCACGGAACUGCUCUUCCCCGCCGAGCAGCCGCCUCCGCCUCCCCCACCCCUGCUGCCUUCCAGCCUUCCUAACGGGAACGCCGGCCCCACUGCCAAGCCAACCCCCACACUCAUUAAGCAAAGCCAAGCCAAGUCUGCCGGCGAGAGGCCACCGCGCACCAAGAAGGCCAAGGAGCCCAAGGCCAAGGUGAAGAAGCUCAAGUACCACCAGUACGUGCCCCCAGACCACCGGCGGGACCGCGGCGCGCCACCCAUGGACUCGGCCUACGCCAGGAUCCUGCAGCAGCAGCAGCUCUUCCUGCAGCUGCAGAUCCUCACCCAGCAGCAGCAGCACUACAACUACCAGACCAUCCUGCCCGCGCCGCCCAAGCCAGCCGGAGAGGCUCCAGGGAAUGCUGGGUCGCCCCCGCUGCGUGGUGUCUCCUCCGCCAGCAGUGGCUCCAGCCCCGGUGUCCCAGGGCCCAGUGGACUGCCGAGGCCGAGCAGCAGCACCCCGCUGACCAACAAGCCUGGAGCCCUGCCAGCCAACCUGGAUGACAUGAAGGUGGCAGAACUGAAGCAGGAGCUGAAGCUGCGGUCACUGCCCGUGUCGGGCACCAAAACAGAGCUCAUAGAGCGCCUGCGCACCCACCAUGACCAGACCAGCGCGGUCCCUGGGGGCCCCAAGGCGCCUGCCUCCUCGCUCCUCUCCAAGGCCGGCGAAGUGGUUGUGGCCUUCCCGGCUGCCCGGCUGAGUACAGGUCCAGCCCUGGUGGCAGCAGGCCUGGCCCCGGCCGAGGUGGUGGUGGCCACAGUGACAAGCGGUGGAGUGGUGAAGUUUGGCAGCACGGGCUCUACACCUCCCGUGUCCCCCACACCCUCCGAGCGGUCACUGCUCAGCACAGGCGACGAGAAUUCCACGCCUGGGGACACCUUCGGUGAGAUGGUGACGUCGCCGCUGACGCAGCUCACACUGCAGGCCUCACCACUGCAGGUCCUGGUGAAGGAGGAGGGGCCACAGGCCACGUCGUGCUGCCUGAGCCCGGGGGCACGUGCUGAGCAGGAGGGCCGCGACAAGGACCAGAUGCUGCAGGAGAAGGACAAGCAGAUCCAGGAGCUGACCCGCAUGCUGCGGCAGAAGCAGCAGCUGGUGGAGCUGCUCCGACUGCAGCUGGAGCAGGAGAAGCGGGCCCAGCAGCUGGCCCCUGGCGCGCUCGGGGGCCCCGUGAAGCAGGAGGGCAGCUUCUCCAGCUGCCCGCUGAGCUGCCCACACCCCAGGCCCACCCCCUCCUUCAGCCCCAGCCCUGCAGCCUCGACGGCCGACCCUGGAGACACUCAGGCCGCAGCCCUGGAGCCCCCCGCCGUGGCAGUGAAGCAGGAGGCCCUGGAGUCCCCCACUGUGGUGGUGAAGCAAGAGGCCCUGGGGCCCGAGCCCAAGCAGGUGCCUGCCUCACAGCUGGUCCUGGGCGCCCAGGGCUCCGGCCUCCUCAAGGGGGUCACGCCUCCCACCCUCAUCACGGACUCCACAGGGACCCACCUUGUCCUCACCGUGACCAAUAAGAACACAGACAGCCCGGGUCGGCCCGCUGGGAGCCCCCCACAGCCCUCCUCCCAGCCCAGCUCUCCUGCCCCUGGCGCCCCUGCCCACAUGGACCUGGAGCAACCCUUCCAGCCCCUGUUUGGGACAGCCUCAGCCCUGAAGACAGAGCCGCCAGGCUACGAGGAAGCUGUGAACCAGCAGCCCAAACAGCAGGAGAACGGCUCCUCAAGCCAGCAGAUGGACGACCUGUUUGACAUCCUCAUCCAGAGUGGAGAAAUUUCAGCAGAUUUCAAGGACCCGCUGUCCCUGGCUGGGAAAGAGAAGCCACCCUCAACAGCAGUCUGCGGGUCACCAUUGGUCCCCCAGCCUUUGCCCUCCACUGAGCUCUCCCAGGCCACCCCACCACCACCGGGCUCACCUGCACUCCCCGGGCGCCUGGAGGACUUCCUGGAGACCAGCACUGGGCUGCCCCUGCUGGCGGGUGGGCAGGAAGGGCCGGAGCCCCUGUCGCUGAUUGACGACCUCCACAGUCAGCUGCUCAGCAGCUCUGCCGUCCUGGACCACCCCCCGUCCCCAAUGGACACCUCAGACCUGCACUUUGCUCCUGAGCCCAGCAGCAGCCUGGGCCUGGCUGACGGCCACCUCGACAGCAUGGACUGGCUGGAGCUGUCGGGAGGCCCUGUGCUCAGCCUGGCCCCGCUCAGCACUGCUUCCCCCAGCCUCUUCUCCACAGACUUCCUUGAUGGCCACGACCUGCAGCUGCACUGGGAUUCCUGCCUAUAGCUCGGACCUGCAGCCGCAGGGCUCCCCGCGCGUAUGGAGUCUUGACAAUCAGGCCCCUCUGCCUUGCCUGUGGGCCGGGCCCUGGCUCCAGCUCCCCAGGGCAGGGGCAGGAGGAGUUGGCGAGGAGUGACCCAUGCCAGGGCCCGGACUGUAUCCAUUUGACCUCCUUUUGUGAGGUCGGAGGUGCGCUGCCUGGCUGACGUGCGGCUGGGCGUCCAGCCACGCUCCCCACGCCAGCCACGCUGAGCCGCAGCAUGGCCGCUGUACAUACCUCUCGUCUGUAUCCACACACGCCGACACGCCCGUGGGAGCUGUGCCGGCUCCCCCACCCUCCUCCCAGGCCCUGCGGCAGGGACACCUUAGGGUGUGCCCCGUGGGGUACAGCUGCCCAGGCCUGCUCAUCACAAGUGCUGGACGUACAGAGCCCAUCACGGCCUCCGCCACCCGUCAGUGCCACGUGGGCAGAGGUGCUCUCCCCCGGCCCACAUUCCAUCCCCAUCACCUCACUGCAGCCAACAAGAAGCUGGGACAGGGGGUGCCUUUUGCCCCACCCUGCCUGCCAUGGGCUAUGAGGUGGUCCUCCUGGUGCCCAGAGCCACUGACCUCGCAUUCUCUGGGGGGCGGGGGGAGCUGUGUGAACUUUGAAAUAAAAGUG